AGUCUCUCUACCUCUCUCCACCAACUCUCUCCCACUAACUCCAGUUGCCCCAAAAGUAUAAGGUUUCACCCAACCCCUUCCUUUGGCUUCACUGCUUGCUAGCUAUCUCUCUUAUCUCGUUUUUGCCACCGCCAUGGCUGUGAGAGCCGUCACCUCUUUCAUCCUCCCCUUGCUCCUCUCGCUGGCUCUCUACCAUGCAGCGCCCCAACUCAGCUUCCUCUCUUCCCUCCCGGCUUCCCCAUUAGCUGUGGCCCUCUCCCUCUUCUUCUCCCUCUCUCUGGUUUCCUUCUUCCUUGGCUCUUCCAAGGAUGGCAACGUGCCCCCCGGCCCGGUGGCCCUUCCCAUCUUCGGCAAUUGGCUCCAAGUGGGCAAUGACCUCAACCACCGGUUCCUGGCCAGCAUGGCGAAGAAGUAUGGCGACAUCUUCCUCCUCAAACUGGGCGUCAGGAAUCUGGUGGUCGUCUCGACGCCAGAUUUAGCCAGGGAGGUGCUGCACAGCCAAGGCGUCGAGUUCGGCUCCCGCCCCCGCAACGUCGUCUUCGAUAUUUUCACCGGCAACGGGCAGGACAUGGUGUUUACCAUCUACGGCGACCACUGGCGGAAGAUGCGGCGGAUCAUGACCCUGCCCUUCUUCACCAACAAGGUGGUGCAGCAGUACCGGGAAGGGUGGGAGGCUGAAAUCGCCGCCGUCGUCGCCGACCUGAUGAAGAGCGACGUGGCCCAGAAGGAAGGGAUACUGAUCAGGAGGAGGCUGCAGCUCAUGCUGUACAACAUCAUGUACAGGAUGAUGUUUGAUGCGAGGUUUGAGUCCAUGGACGACCCUCUCUUCCAGCAAGCCACCAAGUUCAACGCCGAGAGGAGCAGGUUGGCUCAGAGCUUCGAGUACAACUAUGGUGACUUCAUCCCUAUUCUGAGGCCUUUCUUGAGGGGCUACCUCAACAACUGCAAGGACCUCCAGAACAGAAGAUUGGCCUUCUUCAAUAACAACUAUGUGCAGCAUAGGAGGAAAGUGAUGGCUGCUAAUGGAGAUAAGCACAUAGUGAAGUGUGCCAUGGACCAGAUCAUUGAAGCAGAGAUGAAGGGAGAGAUCUCAGAAGCGAACACCAUUUACAUUGUGGAGAACAUCAACGUGGCAGCCAUUGAAACCACACUCUGGUCAAUGGAGUGGGCAAUUGCUGAGGUAGUGAACCACCCAAGGGUGCAACAUAAGCUGAGGGAAGAGCUCACAACGGUGCUAGAGGGAAAGCCAGUUACAGAAGGAGACCUACAAAGGCUGCCCUACCUACAAGCGGUGGUGAAGGAGGCGCUGAGGCUGCACACACCCAUCCCGCUGCUAGUGCCACACAUGAACCUUGAGCAGGCCCAGCUUGGUGGGUACGACAUCCCCAAGGACACCAAGGUUGUUGUGAAUGCCUGGUGGUUGGCCAACAACCCCGAGUGGUGGACUGACCCCCAGGAGUUCCGGCCGGAACGGUUCCUAGAGGAGGAGCAGGCCACCGACGCCAUCGUCGGCGGCAAGGUCGAUUUCCGAUAUGUGCCCUUCGGCAUGGGCCGCAGAAGCUGCCCCGGCAUCAUCUUGGCGUUGCCCAUUUUAGGCCUUGUUGUUGGAAGGCUGGUCGCAAAGUUCGAAAUGCUGCCACCUCCCGGCACCGACAAGAUCGACGUCGCUGAGAAAGGUGGACAAUUUAGCCUGCAUAUUGCUAAGCACUCAACGGUCAUGUUCAAGCCGAUCUGAGGAAGAACGUCUCGCCAUCAACUUUAGCCUUGUUGUACGUUGAACUUAUGUUCUCUUCUUUGUUUCUCCCCUCCACCUCUCCUCUCUCUCCUUUCCUUCAUAAAUAUCGGUUAUGAAAAUCCCAACUUGUGGAUCUUGCAGCGGGAACUCUCUUCUAAGCACAUUUGGCUUUGGAGUUCUUGUAUGAUCUGUUUUGUUGGGUGAGGUAAAUUAUGUUUUCAUUGUUUUCCUUCUUUCUUUUAUACUUUCUAUUUACGUGGUUGUCAUGUGCUAGCUCAAGAUAAAACAGUUUUCAUUUAAAGAUCAUAUGAAAACAACUUUUAUUGUCUA